AUGAGGUCCGGCUUUGUAUUGGCUGCUUCACUGCAGGGAGCGAUUGCUCUGCUGAGCCCUCGUGGCCCUGAUGCCGCUGGCCAGAUUCGUCUCGCAUAUCACGGCGCAGAUGGAAUGACAGUUAGUUGGAACACUUUUGAGCAUGUCAAAGCACCCUCGGUGAAAUGGGGCUUGUCAAAGGGUAAACUCGAACACACGGCGUCGUCCAAUGUUUCUUUGACAUAUCCUACCUCAACUACUUACAACAACCAUGUUGUGAUUAGUGGGUUGAAGCCGGACACGACCUAUUACUAUCUUCCGUCACCGUUGCCCCAAGGCAAUCAUACUGAGCCAUACACAUUCAGGACGGCCCGCGCCGCAGGCGACUCCGAUGCCUUUUCCGUCGCUGUUGUCGUCGAUCUUGGGACGAUGGGUCGCCUCGGGCUCACCACCUCAGCCGGGAGCUCGGUUUCCCAGAACAACAUCCUGAAACCAGGCGAGAAGAAUACCAUUGAUUCUCUGGCCUCCACAAAGUCGAGUUAUGACUUCGUCUGGCACCCCGGUGACAUUGCCUAUGCCGACUACUGGCUGAAAAUGGAGAUCCAGGGAGUGCUGCCCAACACAACCAUUCAGGACGGCCACACGGUAUACGAAGCUAUCCUCAACGACUUUUACGAUGAAAUGGCCGCUGUGACCGAGACAAAACCAUACAUGGUCGGGCCCGGCAAUCACGAAGCCAGCUGCGACAACGGCGGCACAACUGACAAGGCCAAGAAUAUCACGUACGAUGUUAGCAUCUGUUCGCCCGGGCAAACCAACUUCACCGGCUUCAAGAACCAUUUUCGAAUGCCCAGCGAUGUAUCUGGAGGCACAGGAAACUUCUGGUAUAGCUGGGACAACGGCAUGGUGCACUUUAUCCAGCUCGAUACCGAGACGGACCUCGGCCACGGCUUCACCGGUCCCGAUGAGAUUGGCGGCACUGAAAAGGAGGGCGCAAGCCCUGUCAACGCGACAUUGAAUGCACAAACUACCUGGCUUGAGGCUGAUCUCGCAUCCGUCGACCGUAAGAAGACACCCUGGGUGGUUGUCGCUGGCCACCGCCCAUGGUACCUGAGCAAGAAGAACGCCACCGGCACAAUCUGCUGGUCUUGCAAGGACGUGUUUGAACCUCUCUUCAUCAAGUACAACGUCGACUUGGUCCUCACUGGCCACGCGCACGUCUAUGAGCGUCUUGCGCCCCUGGCUAAUGGCAAGAUUGACCCCAACGAGCUGAACAACCCCAAGGCUCCGUGGUAUAUUACCAACGGCGCCGGUGGUCACUACGAUGGUCUUGAUUCGUUUGAUGAGCCCAAACAGGAGUACAGCCGAUUUGGACUGGAUACCGCCAAUGCUACCUACGGAUGGAGCCGAUUGACCUUCCACAACUGCUCGCACUUGACGCACGAAUUCAUCGCAAGUAAUAACAACUCUGCGUUGGAUACAGCCACGUUAUUCAAGGCCCGUCCUUGUGGUUCCUGUCACGGAAAUGGCAAUGGAAAUUGGAAAUGCUGA